UCGCGGCUGCCCUCUCAGUCUGCCGCCCUCGCCGCCGCGGUGCGCUGGCUGCAGGAAGCCGCCGCGCCGCCGCUUUUGUUGUCAGGAUUCCCCGCGAGGAUCGCCGCUCCUCGCUCGCCGCCGCUCUCUCCCAUUGCAGCCUGGUCUCCGGCCUCGGAUCCCACGGGCGCCCCGCCCGCCCUGCCUAUGAAGGGGCCCCGCGAUCACCCCAGCCUCCAGCCCUGGGCUGCGCGGCGCUGAGGCGGCUGCGGCGCUGCCCUUUCUGCGGGAAGCGGGCAGGCUCGGCUCCCUUCCCGAGGGCACUAUGGAGGUGAAUGCGGGAGGUGUGAUUGCCUACAUCAGUUCUUCCAGUUCAGCCUCUAGCCCUGCGUCUUGUCACAGUGAGGGUUCUGAGAAUAGUUUCCAGUCUUCCUCCUCUUCUGUUCCAUCCUCUCCAAAUAGCUCUAACUCUGACAACAAUGGUAAUCCCAAGAACAGUGAUCUCUCCAAUAUUGAAGGUAUCCUGAAGAAUGAUCGAAUAGAUUGUUCUGUGAAAACAAGCAAAUCAAGUGUACCUGGGAUGACAAAGGGUCAUACUGGAGUGACAAAAUUUAGUGGCAUGGUUCUACUGUGUAAAGUCUGUGGGGAUGUGGCGUCAGGAUUCCACUAUGGAGUUCAUGCUUGUGAAGGCUGUAAGGGUUUCUUUCGAAGAAGCAUUCAGCAAAACAUCCAGUACAAGAAGUGCCUGAAGAAUGAAAACUGCUCUAUAAUGAGAAUGAAUAGGAACAGAUGUCAGCAGUGUCGCUUCAAAAAGUGUUUGUCUGUUGGAAUGUCAAGGGAUGCUGUUCGGUUUGGUCGUAUUCCUAAGCGUGAAAAACAGAGGAUGCUAAUUGAAAUGCAAAGUGCAAUGAAGACGAUGAUGAACAGCCAGUUCAGUGGUCACUUGCAGAAUGACACAAUAGUAGAACAUCAUGAACAGACAGCCUUACCAUCCCAGGAACAGCUGCGACCCAAGCCCCAGCUGGAGCGAGAAAACAUCAAAAGCUCUUCUCCCUCUUCUGAUUUUGCAAAAGAAGAAGUGAUUGGCAUGGUGACCAGAGCACACAAGGAUACCUUUAUGUACAAUCAAGAGCAGCGAGAAAACUCAGCUGAGACCAUGCAGCCCCAGAGACGAGAACGUAUUUCCAAGAAUGUGGAGCAGUAUAAUUUAAAUCAUGACCAUUGUGGCAGUGGGCUUAGUCAUUUUACCUGUAGUGAGCAGAAUCUCAAUGGACAAUACAAAGGGAGGAACAUAAUGCAUUACCCAAAUGGGCAUCCCAUUUGUAUUGCAAAUGGACAUUGUAUGAACUUCUCCAAUGCUUAUACUCAAAGAGUAUGUGAUAGAGUUCCGACGGAUGGAUUUUCUCAGAAUGAGAACAAGAACAGUUACCUGUGCAACACUGGAGGGAGAAUGCAUCUGGUUUGUCCAAUGAGUAAAUCUCCGUAUGUGGAUCCUCAUAAAUCAGGGCAUGAAAUCUGGGAAGAAUUUUCUAUGAGCUUUACCCCAGCAGUGAAAGAAGUGGUGGAAUUUGCAAAGCGUAUUCCCGGGUUCAGAGAUCUCUCUCAGCAUGACCAGGUCAACCUUUUAAAGGCUGGGACUUUUGAGGUUUUAAUGGUACGGUUUGCAUCAUUAUUUGAUGCUAAGGAGCGUACUGUCACCUUUUUAAGUGGAAAGAAGUAUAGUGUGGAUGAUUUACACUCAAUGGGAGCAGGGGAUCUGCUAAACUCUAUGUUUGAAUUUAGUGAGAAGCUAAAUGCCCUCCAACUUAGUGAUGAAGAGAUGAGUUUGUUUACAGCAGUUGUCCUGGUAUCUGCAGAUCGAUCUGGAAUAGAAAACGUCAACUCGGUGGAGGCUUUGCAGGAAACCCUCAUCCGUGCACUAAGGACCUUAAUAAUGAAAAACCAUCCAAAUGAGGCCUCUAUUUUUACAAAACUUCUUCUGAAGUUGCCAGAUCUUCGAUCUUUAAACAACAUGCACUCUGAGGAGCUCUUGGCCUUUAAAGUUCACCCCUAAGGCCUUUGUUUAUCUAAGUAUGAACUGAUUCAUGCUAACUGUACAUUUUGUGCUAAAAUGCUUAUUUAUAUGUGUGUAUAUCCUAUGUGGAGAUAGAAAAGACUUUUAAGACAUUACAAGAUUGUAAGCUAUCUGUGUAAUCAUGCAAUAGCUGUUUGGAUUGAGAACUUUUCAGCCAUGAUUAGACAUUGACAUCUCCCCAACAGACCAAUCAGCUGUGUCACACUUACUGGAGAAGUUAUACUGAGUUAUAAUCACACUGAAUGUUAGACUUUUUCAUCUGCCAAAAAACCAAAAAAAAAAAAUUUUGAUCUCCCUGUGGUAUAAAUAUAAUGCACAAUCUCAAUUACAUGAGGACUUAGAAAUUAAUUCUGUUGCUGUAGAAGUUUUAUUAAUGAAAAAUUAAUCCUGUUGUUAUGGAAGCUCUAUUGAACAAUGGGAACCUUUUUCAGCUACCAGUUAUAAUGGAAGACCUUCACAAGACCAUUUGAUCUGGUAAUUGGAGACUUUGGGAGUUAGGAGAUCUCCAUGUCUGUACUUUACUCUGUCAAUUUAAAGUACAUGAUCUUGGGCAUGUUAUUUGGUUUUGGAAAAUGAGAAUUGAUAGUGUCUCCAAUGCCCCACCUCACACAGAUACUAAAAAAUGUCCAUGAAACAUAUUUACCUCUUGGGAGAUAGGCACUAUGUAAAUAGAUAAAAUUUUUGUUAUUAUAUAUUCAUAAUAUUUUUUCUUAUUUUUAAGCAUUUUUUGGAAAUCAUUUCACAGUCUACCCGAUUCUUUUAUUCAGGGUUUCCUGCAUAAGUGUGGGAUAUCCUACUGAUACACAUAUUCAAUGUUUAUGGGUAUAUCAAAUACAUAAAAUAUGUAUAUAACAUGUAUGUGAAUAUAGUUAUACAUAAAUAUAUUUCUUCACAAUAUUUUAAACUGUGAAGAACUUUAUCAUACAAUAAACUUAAGACAAGAGGUGUCAAAAGACCCAAAUUUAGGUGCAUUUUACCUGUUGAUGACAUAACCAUUGCUUUACAAUGUUUAGACAGUAGAAUAUUGAAUUUAUGCUCUAUUUUUGUUAAUUUAAGCAACACUUGAUGUAAAACUGCAACAGGCAGUUUGAGUCCGUAUUAAUAAAAAUAGGUUUUUUAGAGUUCAUCUCUAGUAAAAAUGUUGUUCAAGGUACUAGUUGUUUAAAAGUUCUUUCAAAUUUUUACCUUGUACUAAAAAAAGGUUGCAUUGCUGCCCCUUAUACACAUGCUACAGCUUGGUGGUAAAGAAUUUUGAGUCUUUCUGGAGAACUAAUUAAUAUUUAAGGACACUGUUUAAUAUGUUAAAGAGUGUGUGUGUGUUUGUGUGUGUGUGUGUGUGUAUGUAUGUGUGCUCUGAAUAAUUUUUUCCCCCUAAAUAACACUACAGGGAUUUUAUCAAAUUAGACUUAACCUAUAAUUUGAAAAAUCAUUUAGUGUGUGACCUGUAGGCUUAGGAAUGGUAAAAUCAAAGAUGUUUCAUCCGCAUUUCUAAUAUUGGACUUUAUUAAAUAGUUAAGAUUAGCCUGUUUAUGGCAGUAGGAGAAAUAGCCAAAGUUGAGGAUUUAUGUAUGCUUUUCUGUUUCCCUGAAAAAUAGCAGUUAAUUGGAUUUUUGGUAACGACUGCCUUCUUUAUAAUUUUCGAAUUAUAUAUAAAAUUGCAAAACGGCACACAGCCCAUUUUACUAUACUAAGCCUGUUACUUUGAUGACUUGUGAGCAGAAUGCCUUAUUUUGUAAUCUUGUUUAACUUGUUGCUAUUGAAUUUCUUUGGCACUAGUUAAGUAAGUUAAAAAAAAAGUUAAAUCCUCUCAUUAUAAAAGAGGAAAGGUGAUGGUGAUGUCUGUAAUACACUAUAAACCAUAAUUGUGAUUUACCUUAAGUAGGUAUGACUUUUAUGGGACAUACAGCAUAGUUUUGGUGAAUUCUUUACAUGAUAGCAGUAUCUUUUUAUAAUUUUUUUCCCAAGAUAAACAAUUGCUUAGUUUUCUUCUACAGGGGAUAGAAACAGCUUUUUGAAGUGAUAUUGAAAACCUCAGAAAUCAUGUUGAUUCUUAAUUUUGCCUUUUGCCUGUCUCUUUAUAACAUGUAACUAAAACAAUUGCUAAGUCUUUGAGAAUGUGUAAUCAGAACUAUGUUAGUAUUGCUUAUAAUACUUUGGUUAGGUUCAAUAUAUACAUGUAUACAUAGGUAUAUAGAUUCACAUUUUGUCUUGUAAAACUUAUUUGAAUGAAUUCUUCCUGUAGGUAAUGGGAAAAAAAAUUAAUAGUUCAUAUAUCACUCAUAGCAUUUCUAUAUUUGAAAAUAGCCCAAUAUUGAAAAUCUAAUUCUACAGUUAAACCAGCAGCCUAUUUACAAGCACAUUCUUUGAUUGAGUUGGUUAUAAACUUACUAAAUUCAGAGAAGACAACCAGUUUGGGAAACUUCUAGGUUGGUGGGACACUGUUGAUUAUUUAAUAAUGUACUGUAUGGAUUAAGUGAUGCUUUAACUCUGAUUUUACAUGUUGAAGUUAAAAUAUGGGCAUUAUGUCAGCAUACUUAAGGGCAUUAUAUCAGCAAACUAAAAUUUUUUUUUUUCUAUGCUUUUAAUGUAUCUCUACACGAUCUGAGAGAGGACACAAGCUUUUUAGAGGGAAAUAGCUGAGGGAAAGGGGAAACAUCUUGGAAUGAAGCUUUUCUUAUGGUGAUGAUUUAAUUACAGAUUUAAAAAGUAGACAGAAAUUUCAGUGGAUUAAGUGUAUAGUUUCAUAUCUACAUUUCAAGAAAUUACCAUUGUAACUUGAUAAGGUGAUUUAUUUAAACAUCAUUGCAAAGCAAGGUGUAGAAGCUCAGCUAGAUUUAUUACUGUGCACAAAAGUAACGAAAAUACCUAUCUCAAUUCCUUUUCUUUUCCAAUGUAAAGUUUGCUGAAUAUACAAGAGAGUUUAUCACUUAGGAUAUAGAAUUUUUUUUUAGGGGUUGGGGGGAGGGGACCUCUGUCAGGAAAUUGUUACCUAUAAACAAAGAUUGUAUUGAAUUGAUCCAAAACAAAACUUGAAGGUAUUCUUGAACUAACAUGGAAAAAUAAAAUGGCUAUUGUUUUAAAAAAAUGGUAGAAAUACAUAUCAUUGACAGGAUACGAGUUAAGUUUAUUUUCUACAAACUGUAAUUGAUGAGGACAUGGGUAAUAUCCCCAUGUUUCUGAAAAGUAAUCUGUACAUGGAGGGGAGGGUAUAAUAAAUACUAUUUCUAACCAAGUGUGGGUUUUUGACGGCUUUCUACCUCGACGUCUUUGUAAAACCAUUUAUAAUUUAACUUACUGUGAGUUAUUUUUUCCCUUGAGUAUAGUAGGAUCUCUUAUGUAAAUCUCUGAUUCAGCAUAGGGGAAUAUAUACAUCUGGAUUUUUUUAUAAAAAAAAGAAAAUUUAAGAUAAAGUUUGUUUAGUAGUUCCAGCAAGGACUGUUGCUGUUUUUUAUACUCUCAACUGAAUAAUGACUCACUGUAACUGAUCCAGUAGUCCUUUCGGGAAGGAAGUGGCAAGAGAGGAAGGGGGUACUUAUAGGCAAGAAUUGGCUUUGGCCAUGAAUGGCAUAAGGCAUCUCAGCAAGACCACCUCCUCCUCCCUUUCCUAGUGAUUGAAUCUACACUGUCAAAGUUAAGGCCAUUAAUUAAAUCAGCAUUACCUGUGAUGUUUCCCAGACAAGUAAUAUCCACUGCUUUUCUAUAGAUAGUUAAGUGGGAGAAAUGGGUUCCCUGACCAAAUAAAUUUGGAAAUGUUGCGUUAAACGAGGUUAUUGAAAUGCCUUUAUGAGCUCAUGUGCAUCAUGAAUUGUUUAAGGAUGGGUUUAGUUUAGUUUCCCUGCACUUCCUCUAUCAAGUAAUGCUCUUAUUUUCCCCCUGUACUGAGUACAUUGUGGAGCUCAUGGGAGAGGGUGCUGUUAGGAGAAAAGACUUGUUAACCUAUCAUUGGAAAGGGUGCUGUUAGGAGAAAAGACUUGUUAACAUAGUAUCCACUCAGUGUUGAUCAGGAUGUUGAUCAAAUGCAGAGGGUUAUUGUACAAAUUUACUUUUUAUUUUGCCCCCUUUUUUUGGUAUUGGAAAUCUAAUAAGAAACUCUGAGUUCCAAAUAAAUGUGUGGUUGAUGAUGAAUAAAAUGGAUUAAACUUCUAAAUCUUGGAAA